GGAGGAAUGAUGUAAGAAAUUAUACUGAGGGAGAGGUAACCAUCUGGUGGAAGAAGUCCCUCCGUAUCAGAGAUCUGUCAUACACCCAUUGACCCACAGCUGGAUUUAACAUUCUAGCAAUCCCUCAAAUUUCACAUACAGCGACUAAAUUACCAGGACAAAAGGAGGUAAGUUCAAUCAGUAUUGCAUGGUGGAAGAGUUUAAUUUAGUCUCUUCUUUCCUCUGUGGUGGUGGUUGUUAAUUGUGUGACAACUCUCAAUCAGAUUCUAUUGCUUCAACAGGAACACAAAAUCAACUUCCUGAGCCCUCGGCAGCUCAGCUGCCACACAGAGCACAGGAAUCUACAGUAGUCUCUGUGAUGGUUUCCACCAUGAUGUGCAGCAGGGUGACAUUACACGAGCCCCAUAACGGAGACUACAGGAGUCCUAUGAGAAUUGCCCCUCGCAGGAACUCUAUUCCCCCAACAAAGGCUCUCACAGCCAAACAUCUCCUGGCAUACCCUAGACCACCCCCAGAGUCAACGCGCUUUACACCAUAUCCAAAGAAGGUUGUAGCAAAAACCAACAUGGCCGUGAUGAUGCUCCACUCCAGAAGAGCCUCUCUCUUCCCAAGCACAAAUAACAACUUCCCAGCUCUCCCACCCCAGCUAGUCCCCUCUGCAUCCCCCCAGUCACAUCCCAAGAGCCCAGUCCCCCAUAGGGUUGUUGCAGGAUUGAUCAGCCGGGAGGUAGACACCGGCCAGUACAUCAUUCCCACUGAGGAGCCAGAGGAGUCUGUCACUGCUCAUCAUGCUCACCGCAGACGCCACCUCAAGCGCUUCAGCUCCAGGUGGUACUCAGGCGCUCCUUCUGGUGGCCCCUUUGAUAGCACCCAUAGUCCCAACCAAGGCACAAGUGGUGAGAACAAGCCCUACAAGCCGCGCUGCAAACUUCUAGGUGAAGGGAGGCCAAAUUACGGUACCGCCAACAAGCAGCGUCAACGCUACGUCACCAAAGACGGGAAGUGCCAGGUGAACCUGGGCCCCAUCGAGGACAAGAGCCGUUUCCUCUCGGACAUCUUCACCACUCUGGUGGACCUGAAGUACCGCUGGUUCCUCUUUGUCUUUACCAUGUGCUACAUUGUUACGUGGGUGGCCUUCGCAGAGAUCUACUUCCUAGACGCCUGGCUGAGGGAUGACGUGGCCCACGUCCAUGACCCGCAAUGGCAGCCGUGCUUCGAGAACGUGGACAGUUUCAUCUCCGCCCUGCUUCUGUCGGUGGAAAGCCAGAGGACCAUUGGCUACGGCUCCAGAUUGGUAACGGCCAACUGCAUGGAGGGAGUGGUUCUCCUCAUGGCCCAGUCUAUCAUUGGCUCAAUCAUUGACGCCCUCAUGGUCGGCUGCAUGUUCGUCAAAAUCUCCAGGCCUCAGAAAAGGGCCCAGACUCUGAUCUUCAGCAAACACUGUGUCAUAUCGGAGCGUGACGAGAAACUCUGCCUUCUCUUCCGCAUUGGAGACCUGAGGGCGAGUCACAUGGUGGACGCCAAGAUUCGAGCCAAGCUUAUUAAGUCCAGACAGACCAAGGAAGGGGAGUUCAUACCACUGGAGCAGUCAGAGAUCAACCUGGGCUACGAUACCGGAGGAGACAGGCUUCUGUUGGUUGAGCCUCAGACCAUCACCCAUGUCAUCAAUGAAAGCAGUCCCUUCUGGGAAAUAGGGGCUGAGCGUCUGACAAGGGAGAGAUUUGAGAUCAUCAUCAUUCUGGAGGGAAUCGUGGAGGCAUCAGGUAUGACAUGCCAAGCCAGAACUUCCUAUACUGAGGAGGAGAUUCUGUGGGGCCACAGAUUUGAAUCCUGCAUGUCUCUGGAAAAAGGGUCUUACCGGGUGGACAAUGGUGCAUUUGAUAAAACCUUCCCAGUACAUACCCUCACCCUUAGUGCUAAAGAGAAGAGUGAUGAAAAAGAAGACGAGGUCCUCUUUUAGAUCAGUACUAUACACACUGAGCAAACAGCCCUUGUAUUAAUGGAAUUUCAAGGCCAAUACUUGUGAAUGCCUAGGUUUCCCUCCUUAAAAUGAACUUUCCUGUUGUCUCUAAUAUUGUGGACAAACAUUCUCCAAGAAUUACACAUUGACAUGCUAAUCUACAGUGCAUUCGGAAAGUAUUCAGACCCCUUGACUUUUUCCAAAUUUUGUUACAUAACAGCCUUAUUCUAAAAUUUAUUAAAUUGUUUUUUUCCCCCUCAAUCUACACACAAUACCCCAUAAGGACAAAGCAAAUGUUUUUUUUUUGUCAAUUUGUAAAUAUCACAUUUACAUAAGUAUUUAGACCCUUUACUAAGUACUUUGUUGAAGUACCUUUGACAAAGAUUACAGCCUAGAGUCUUCUUGGGUAUGACGCCACAAGCUUGGCACACCUGUAUUUGGGAGUUUCUCCCAUUCUCCUCUGCGGAUCCACUCAAGCUCUCAGGUUGGAUGGGGACCAUCGUGGCAUAGCUAUUUUCAGGUAUCUCCAGAGAUGUUCGAUCGGGUUCAAGUUUGGGCUCUGGCUGGGCCAUUCAAAGACAUUCAGAGACUUGUCCCGACGCCACUCCUGAGUCUUGGCUGUGUGCUUAGGGUCAUUGUCCUGUUGGAAGGUGAACCUUCACCCCAGUCUGAGGUCCUGAGAGCUAUGGAGCAGGUUUUCAUCAAGGAUCUCUCUCUACUUUGCACCGUUCAUCUUUCACUCGAUCCUGACUAGUCUCCCAGUCCCUGCUGCUGAAAAACAUCCCCACAGCAUGAUGCUGCCACCACCAUGCUUCACUGUAGGGAUGGUGCCAGGUUUACUCCAGACGUGAUGCUUGGCAUUCAGGCCAAAGAGUUCAAUCUUUGUUUUCAAGGCCCUUCUACCCUGAUUGCUUAGUUUGGCAGGGCGGCCAGCUCCAGGAAGAGUCUUAGUGUUAUCCAAUUCUUAACUUUAAGAAGGAUGGAGGCCACUGUAUUCUUGGGGACCUUCAAUUCUGCAGAAAGGUUUUGGUACCCUUCCCUAGAUCUGUGCCUUCGACACAAUCGUGUCUCGGAGCUCUACGCACAAUUCCUUUGAUUUCAUGGCUUGGUUUUUGAUCUGACAUGCAAUGUCAACUGUGGGAACUUAUAUAGACAGGACCCACCUGAGCUCAAUUUCGAGUCUCAUAGCAAAGGGUCUGAAUACCUAUGUAAAUAAGGUAUUUAUGUGUUUUAUUUUUAAUACAUUUGCAAAAAUGUCUAAAAACCUGUUUUCUCUCUGUCAUGGGGUAUUGUGUGUAGAUUGAUGAUUUAUUUUUAUUUAAUCACUUUUAGAAUAAUGUUCUAACGUAACAAAAUGUAGGAAAAGGGAAGGGGUCUGAAUACUUUCCGAAUACACUGUACACUCUUAACCAGAAUUUGUACUUUGUUGACAGUGACAGCAUUCAUGUGGGUGAUUUACAAAGAAGUUAUCCAAUCCUGGUUAAGUGUAGAAAUGAGUAUGCAGCCAUGACUCCAUGCGUUGUUACUUUACAAUGCUGUUUAUUUAUCUGUGUGUCUAGUUUAUGGUUUAUAAUGGAUAGUUGUAGUUAUGUGUUAACUGCUACCUGCUCAAUCAUAGAAUUAUGGCUCCUGCUCCCCUCUUGUUUUUGUCAGUUUUGUUGUUGUUUUGAAGACUUGUUACAUCUUAAGUAUGUUUGUUUUAAAUCACAAUGUGCUAAGUACUGCACAAAUAUUGUGUUCCUUAUUUGUAGUCACUUGUAUUUUCAUGGUGAUCAUGAAUGCAUGAUGAUGUAGUGAUACAGCCAUUAUGAUUCAAAAUGUGAUUCAGUGUUGUUAAUGUUUCUAUAUUAUGUGUACUCUAUCCUAAUACGCAAAUGUAUUACACAUAUCAGUCCUAUGCAGUGCCUUGAAAUGUGUACUCCCAGUUUUCAAAUAUGCCUUUUGACACAUUAAACUUGGAUUUUUGUCCU